GUGCUACGUGACUCCAUAGGACUCAACUAGACAAAACGGCAUUGAAUUUACCAUUCCUGUCCAGCACUAAUCACCAUUCGCUACAAUGUCAUUCGUUUCAGCUGCACGUCAGGCUGCGUGGAUGUUCCUGCCUUGGGUUCCAGUCGGCGUAUUCUUUGUAGAACAUGGAUACAGUUUGGGCACCGUUCAUGGAAGAUCAAUGCAGCCGACGCUAAACCCAGAUAGCAACAUGCUGCGAAGAGACGUCGUACUAUUCAAUCAUUGGGCCAUCGAUCGAUUUAAAUACAAGAUCGGCGACGUUGUGACAUUGCGGCACCCUGAUCAGCCAGACCGGAUAAUCAUCAAACGUAUCGUGGCACUGGAAGGUGAUAUUAUCCAAACACGGUCCCCAUAUCCAGAGGCGCAUGUUAGGGUGCCUAGAGGCCACUGUUGGAUCGAAGGCGACGAGAUGUUUCAUAGCAAGGACAGCAACAGUUUUGGGCCGGUACCACUGGGACUUGUAAAAUCCAAAGUAGACUAUAUCCUGUACCCAUUUGACAGAUUUGGCAAGGUUCCCGACAAGCCAAAGGGAUCGAGGGUGCGUUACGCACCAGGACACAAAGUGUACAACCAAAUUGACGACCAUGAGUCGUAGAGCCUUAAAGAAAAAAUGAUCCGAUGCGCAAAAUGGCUGUUUUGUUCUUGUUUAUUACUGUAAUGGCUCUCUGUGCUUUUUGAUAUGUUCAUCCCCAUGCAGGACUUGUGCAGUAGUUCACGAUCAGUUUUCCGUCCGUAUUAAAGCUCUUGAACAGGUUGUUAACAAUUUCGUCCGGUGCUGGUGAAAAUGCACUAUUGAUGUAUAAAAACUAUUCGCAUGAC